AUGGCCCUGGCCAAGCCCGGCUUCCUGGGGGCGGGCGUCGCCGCCCCCGCCUACGCCGCGGGCCUCGCUGCCGCCGUGCAGCCCGCCCCUGUCCUGGUGGGCGGCAUCCACCCCGGCCUCGCCGCCUACGGCCCGGCCAACAUCGUCGUCGGGCCUGGCGGCUACAACCUGGACACCCCUGACGUGGCUGCCGCCAGGGCCGCCCACCUGACGGCCGUCGCCCAGACCCGGGCCAGAGACGCCGCCAUCAACGGCGCCGCCCUCGCCGCCGCCUCCGCCAUAGCCUACGGCGCCUACGCCGCCCCCGCUGUCGUCGCCACCCCCGCUGUGGCUGCCGUCGCCCCUGCCUACGCUGCCCCCGUGGCUGUCGCCGCCCCGGGCCUGCUGGCCGGUCCUGGGGCUCUCGCUGCUCUCAAGGCCGCCUACCACGGCUAA